AGCAUUACCCUUAUCCUGGGUGAGGAAAGCUACAAACUAGGUGUAAAAAAAAAAAAAAAAACCUAAGUUAAAACUGUACUGCAUCAUGUUUUUUAAUGUCAUUUUAUGAAAUGAUAAUUUUGGCUUGUUUUGGGUCUAAGACAUAAUUGACUUAUUGAACCAGUAGAUGGCGGUAAUACAAACACGGUAUGCGGCAUUUGCCAACUAAGCAAGUAGAGGAAGAGUAUUGUUAGAAGAAGACUAGAACGAGCAUGGCUGGCAACAUAAGUAGCACUGCAGUUCCGACAACUAGUUCUCUAUUUAAACUGCAGUCUUUAAAUGGGUUGUUUGCGAUACAUAAAAAACAAGGGCCUACAUCUGCAGACGUGUUAAAUACGCUCAAAGAAGCUUUACUCAAGGAAGCUGGUGUACAAAAGCCAAACCCGCGAAAGAGAAGGAAGCAGAGCCUAAAGAUGGGGCACGGAGGGACUCUGGAUAGUGCUGCCAGUGGGGUGUUAGUUGUUGGUGUUGGGAAUGGCACAAAAAUGCUCGGUACCAUGCUAACUGGUUCAAAGAAAUACGUUGCUGUGGGGGAAUUGGGAAAAGCAACAGACACUCUUGAUGCUACUGGCAGUGUGAUUCUGGAGAAAGACUUUGAACACAUAACCAGGUCGGACAUUGAGGAGAAGCUGAAAUCCUUUACUGGUGACAUCAUGCAAGUUCCUCCACUCUACUCUGCUCUGAAAAAAGACGGCCAGCGUCUCUCUGUCCUGCUGAAGAAAGGUCACAAGGUUGAGGCCAAACCUGCCAGACCAGUCACUGUGUACAACCUGACCCUGCAGGAGUUCAAGCCUCCUCUCUUCACUCUGGAUAUUGAGUGUGGUGGUGGAUUUUAUGUCAGAAGCUUGGUGGAUGACCUUGGAAAAGCUCUGUCAUCAUGUGCUCAUGUGAAGAAGCUGAUCCGGACGAAGCAGGGUGGGUUCACCCUGGAGGAGCACGCCCUACACGAGGGGCAGUGGACACUGGAACAUAUCCUGCGCUCUCUGCAGCCCUGCUCAGAGUCCGAGCAGGGUGUGGACUGUACAAAACCGUCAGAGGCUGACACCUGAGGAACACACACUGUACCGGACCCAAUCUGAAAGUGAAAAGCUGGGCUGGCUGUCUGUUUGAUGGUUAAUCAUGACUCUCCUGCUUAGCUUUUCGAUGAAGAGAACAUCAGGUCUCAAUGUGUCUAUUUCUCCUGGAUAUUCCAAAGUGUGUUUGUUAGCAAAUUAAGUGCGACAAAAGUAGACUGUCAAAACCUCUUCUCUCCAACUCACUGGCCCAGUGUCAUUAUUUUACACUGGACUCAUGAUUUCAAGUUCACAUUAAUGUGGUUUCUGUGUUAUCUCUGUCUCACCUGCAAUUAUAGAGCUGAGUAACAGAAACAAAAUAAAGUGUAUAUAUCGAUAUCAAUCUAAGAAAUUGUUCCCGCUAUAUGAAAAUGAGAGAGGUUAGGCUGUGUUAGGGAAGACCUCUUGAUAAAGCACGCUGCAGUUUUCAAUUUUGGAAACUUAAAAGUCUAACAUGAAACAGACUGACAGUAUAUAUUAAACAAGUUGGAGAAAAACAUUUUACACUGCAAGACUUAUUAGGAUUUAUGCUGAAAGGAUCGAAAAUAUUAUUUUUUGUAUAAUUACUGUAUUAAAAUAGAAUUUCUGUUGGCCACAAUUGUGAGGAAUCUUUAAAAACUUUAGGAGCUUUUUUUGUUCACCUGUGUCUGUUUGUUGGUUUGUUUGUCAGCAGGAUUACAAAAAAACUGAACCAAUUUUGCUCCGCACUUGGUGGAGGGACGGGACAUGGGCCAGGGAAGAACCAUUAACUUUGGUGCAGAUUUGCAUCAUUUACAAUGAAUUAAAAUUUUUCCUUCUGAA